AUGGCGGCUCCACCUGCUCUUCCAGGCGGCCCGUCGCCAGCGCCUCCUCCCGUCUCUCCGCCUCCUGAGCGGGCUGCCGCGCCCGCGCACGGGUUUCCGCCGUCGCGGACUGCGUCGCCUUCGCCGUCCCUGCUGCUGGCUGCUGCCGCGGGACUGCAGUCACGCUCGUUGGGCGACUUGCCCUGGCGGACGCCGGAAGACCUGCUGUCGCGUGGCGUGGAGAUCUCGGAGGUCGGCGAGAAGACCGACCUGACGCUCGACUCGGCAGACAUGCGCAGCCUCGCCGCCGUGGCAAGGCCGACGGCGCGAUCUGCGUCGAGAGUGCAGCAGCUCGACAAGCGGUCUGCGGAGGGGACGGGCCCCCGCUUUUCGUGGCUCCACGAGGGCGAGGAGGAAGACGAGGAGGACGCCGGCGCCCACAGCCGGCUGCACGGGGUGGUGGAGACCCGCGAGCGCAGAGCCAGGCGAAACGGCGAGAACCGCGGCGGAAGGCGCUCCGUCGCCGGCGCCUCCUACGGCGGCCUCGUCUCCGGGUCGAUCGUGGUGCUCUUGCUUAUCUGCGCCGGCGCGUACGUCGCGCGAGGCCGGGGUCUGCUGGCGAGUCGGCUGCCCGCCACGCGCAGCGAGGCUGCGCAGCUCAAGGCACUCGCGGACGCACUGUCAGAGGAGUCUUCCGUGUGGCAGGAGUUUUUCCACCUCGGGGGUCCUCCCGACGACAACGACCUGCCCGCAGGCGAGGCGCAUCCGGUCGCGAAGCAGCAGAGGCCGAACGCGGCGCACAGCUACGACGGCACGGGAGGAGGGGGGCGGGAGGCGGGCGUCCGCGGCCCCGCCAUGCCUCGAGAGGAAGAAAAGGCCGCGCGCCUGCUGCGGCGCCAACUCAUCGUCAUCGCACUCGCCACCGCGACGGCGCUAGUCGCGCUCCUGUGGAGCUCUGACCUGAGUUCGACGCUUCCCGCCGGUGGCGACAAGGCUCUGUCCAAGCCCAGUGCCCCCGCAGCUCCGCCGACUCCUCCACAGCCGCCAGUCCCUCCCGCUGGUCCUUGCCGCCGGCUCCCCACGGCCGACGGCGGGACUGACGUCGCAGGCGGCGGGCCUACGGCUGCGUGGGAGUCCCCCCCGCCGGGCGCUAGAGCGCCGCUAGAGGCCCAGGGGCACGAAAGUCGGGCGUUGGAGACCGUGUCGCGUUUUCUGGAUGAAAUACAGGCCGCUCUCGGCGAGCAGGCGGUCGCCACGCUCUCCAUGUCCGUGGUGGUGGCGGUCGCUUCCGUGGCUCUCCGGCUUCUCGCGGGUCGCGCUCUGAGGCGGAUUGGGCUGAUGACCGACGCGGCGGAGCACCGAGCGCACGCACUCGUGGGGGAGUCGCUCGCCUGCGAACGCGCUGUCGACGCAGAAGUUGCUAAAGUUGUGGACCUGCAGAACCAGAUCGACGGCCUGGAUUACCAGCUGGACGGGCCUCUGGUGGGGUCUGCACGCCACGCGACGGGGUACACGCCCACGUUCGCAGGCAGGACGAACGACGCACACCUAUCGGAUCCUGCGCUGCGGCGGGAACGCCGGGGGAUCGAGAAAGCCGAAAUGAAGCACGCCAAACUCACCCGCGCUGAGCAGCGCCUCGAAGGAGAGAUCGACGCCGCUGCCCACGCGUUGCCAGACCCGUUCUCGUAUGUGAUGGAGGGCGUGCACGACGCGCCAGAAGACGAGGAGCCCAAAGCCGCGCAACCGUCCCCCUGCGAGACUUCGCAGCGAAAGGCAUAA